AUGUGCCUGCCUGCCAUGCUGGCCGCGGGCGGUGAGGAAGUCGUCAUCACGGUACCCCGAAACUGGCCGGACACGUGGAGGAGGGUGACACGAAGAGAGGCGGUUCGUCUUGGCUGCUCGCCCAGCGUGAGGUCACUAGCAGAGGGAACAGCAUCAUCGCAUGGCGAACUAGAGGCCAACUGCUGGAGGAUCGUGAUGAUUAUUGCCUCGGGGGAUGAACGGGCCCUGCUGAUUGGAGCGGUGGCGGCCAGUUGCGACGUUGAUUGGCCUCUUCCACGCACCCGGCUGCAGAGGGAGGCUUCCUUCAGCCCAUGGCCUUCCAGAAGCCAAGCAAGCGGGACGACGUCGCCGGCUGCACAGAGGCCAGAGAGGCCAGAGGUUGGGCAGGGGCGGUCGGUUGUGCUGCUCGGCCAGGCUGCCUCAGGGCGAGGUCACGGGAGGUCACCAGGUCUCAUCAGGGUGCCGUGGUGCAGGCGGAGAGGCAGGAUGAAGGGUGACAGCAGGCCAACGUGGCUCCAGGGUUUAGCUGCAGGCGCUUGUUCUGAUCGACCCGCGUCGCUCAGAGAUCCUCCACAGACAAACGGGGCCAAGCCAUGGCUCCAACGCCGCCAUCCGCCCUCGCGGCGUCUCUUCGACCUCGCCGGUGAGGCCGGCACUGCUGCAGCGCUGCCUUUCCGCGCUUGCCUGCGUGCUGAAACGCUGUGGGAAAGACGCGGCCUUCUGGAGCGACUAGCAAGAGGAGAACGCCGUCGCAGAGACCCAAACCCUCGACCUCGACAUCGUGAUCAUGACUCUGUGCUACCACAGGAGAGUCCCGCCGUCGGGUCGAGCGCCGGUAGCUUCCCGAGCGGCGAGUCAGGAGCGCUGCGGCGAGCCCAAUGUGCCGUGUCGCUGGCCAUGAGGGCGAGCAUCUGCUCAACUGUCCGAUCUCCUGUUGCACAAGCGCCGUCAAAUUGGAUCCGUGCUCGCUGGGUUUAG